AUGGUGGGAGUAGAAGAGAGUCAUGCAAUUGGGAUUGAUCUGGGGACAACCUACUCAUGUGUGGCUGUGUGGCAGUAUGAUCAUGUAGAAAUUAUAGUGAAUGAUCAGGGCAACAGGACCACUCCAUCUCUUGUUGCUUUCACUGAUACUGAGAGCUUCGUCGGUGAUGCGGCAUUUAACCAGAUCAUCAGGAACCCCACCAACUCCAUCUUUGAUGCAAAGAGAUUAAUUGGUAGGAGAUUCAGUGAUGAAGCUGUUCAAAAUGAUAUGAAACUUUGGCCAUUCAGGGUCGUUGAAGGACCUGGUGACAAACCAAUGAUUAUUGUUACCCACAAAGGUCAAGAGAAACAAAUUGCUGCUGAAGAAGUCUCAUCUAUGGUUCUUGGAAAGAUGCGGGAGAUCGCUGAGGCAUUUCUCGGCUCAACUGUGAAGAAUGCAGUGGUCACUGUCCCUGCUUAUUUCAGUGACGCACAACGUCAAGCCACAAAGAGAGCUGGUGCAGCUGCUGGCCUAAAUGUCAUGCGUAUUAUUAAUGAACCAACUGCUGCAGCUAUUGCUUAUGGAAUUGACAAUAAGGCAGGAUGGUAUAGCCAAAGAAAUGUGAUGGUAUUUGACUUGGGUGGUGGAACUUUAGACGUAUCACUACUUACCAUAGGGGAUGGUGUCUUUGAAGUGAAGGCCACUGCAGGAGACACUCACCUUGGAGGUGAAGACUUUGACAACAGAAUAGUCAGCUUCUGUGUAGGACAAUUUAAAAGGAAGCAUGAUUUGGAUGUGAGUGGAAACUCAAGAGCACUUAGGAGGCUGAAAAAUGCUUGUGAGAAGGCGAAGAGGAGACUUUCUUAUGCAUUUGAAACUGAGAUUGAAGUUGACUGUUUGGAUCAGGGCAUUGAUUUCUAUACAACUUUUACUCGUGCCAAAUUUGAACAACUGAACAUGGAUAUCUUCAGCAAGUGUAUGGAGCCUGUGGAGAAAUGUUUAAGGGAUGCUGACAUAGACACAAGCAGUGUCCAUGAUGUUGUUCUUUCAGGUGGCUGUUCUAGAAUUCCCAAGGUGCAGGAAGUAUUGCAGAAAUUGUUCAAAGGGAAGGAGUUGUGCAAGGGCAUUAAUCCAGAUGAGGCAGUUGCUUAUGGUGCGGCUGUUCAAGCUGCUGUGUUGGCUGGGAAUGGGAGUAGAAAGCUUGAGGACUUCACUCUUUUGGAUGUGACCCCUCUAUCACUUGGGUUACAUGUUCAGAAAUAUGAUGGUACCAAGAAUUUCAUGGAGGUUGUGAUUCCAAGAAACUCUAGGAUUCCCAUAAUGAUGAAGACAUGUGGAACUACUUGUGUUGACAACCAAUUCACAGUCUGCUUUCCGGUUUAUGAGGGGGAGAGUAGUGUAGCGAAAAAUAACAACUUUUUGGGUGAAUUUUGCAUUGAAGGCCUUCCUCCAGCUCCUCAGGGUGUUCCUAAGUUCAAUGUUUGGUUUGAGAUUGAUGCAAAUGGCAUCCUAAGUGUGUCUGCUGAGGACAAGUCCACUGGCCAAAAGAAAGGCAUUACCAUCAAUAGUGAUAGAAGAAAUUUUGGAGGAAUUGAGAUGGUUGAGUAAGUAUGAAAAAUUAUGUGUCAACUGAGUUGGUAUGUUUCUUCCUACCAACUUAUUGUCAGUGAGUAAUCUGUGACUAAUAAACAUGUUUCUCGUAUUCUUGACCUUUGAGUAUCGGCCAAUGGUUUUUAUUUGGUGGUGCUGUGUUGACUCUUGCAUAAUGUUAUCAGGUAUAGGAGUUAAGCAAGGACAUCAGUGAAGAUGAGGCAGCUGCAUAACUGAGGCGUUGCUGCU